CUAAUUGGAAAAUUUUGUGAGGAAAUCCUUUGGCGAAAAUCGUAUGCAUUAAAAUGUUUCAAAAUAUAGAUAGUUCAUGGGGCCCGUAGAAUGUAUAUGACUUUAAAAGAAAAUCCAAUUAUCAAAAAUAAAAUUAAAAUGAUGAUUAGAAACCUUUUUGAAAUCUCGUCUAAAGUAAAAUUUUUCACCUAAAAAAGUUUACAUUAACUUUCUGCUAAAUAUUUGUUAGCGUUGCGCAUGCAUUGCACUGUGUUAUUAUUGUUAAUGUAAAUUUCUAUGAUUAGGAAUUUGUAAAUUGGAUUGGAAUUGAUAAAAGAAUUUGUAAAUUCCUAUUCGGAGAAGAUUUUCUUGCGAUUUUGGUGUAAAAUUAUAUUUUUGUUUUAAGCACGAAUUUUCUUAACAAUGUCAGAUUGGGAGACAGUGACAAUUUUAAGAAAAAAACCGCCGAAAGCAUCUGCCAUGAAAUCAGAGCAAGCCGUCAAUGCUGCUCGUAGACAAGGCGUCGCUGUCGAAACUCAAUCGAAGUGGGGAGCGGCCACCAACAAGCAGCACCUCACGACCAAGAACACGGCCAAGCUGGACCGCGAGACGGAGGAGCUGAAGCACGACAAGAUCCCGCUCGACCUGGGCAAGCUGAUCCAGCAGGGCCGCCAGUCCAAGGGCUGGAGCCAGAAGGACCUGGCCACGAGGGUGAACGAGAAACCACAGGUGAUAAACGACUAUGAGGCUGGCCGUGGCAUCCCUAACCAGGUCGUCAUCAGCAAGAUAGAGAAGUCACUAGGCAUGAAGCUACGCGGAAAGGACCGCGGCCAACAGCUGCAGCCCCCUGGGACGAAGAAGUAAUUUGGUCCUUGGGGGCAGAAAUCAUUUCAUUACUUUUUUUAACAAGAAGAAAAGUAGUUCACUGUGUUUUAUGGAAAUCACAUUAAAUUCUGAAUGAAACUACCACUGAUUAAAAACAACUGUAGUUUCUUCUUACAAAAUCAAAGAUCUGCAUUGCUUCGAUGAAACUAGUAACAGUAACAGUAAGUUGAGAACAUUCUAACAUCUCUUCUUUUACAGUGAAAUUUUUUAAGUUUUCCAACUGGUGAACGCUGGUGAGGGAUCAACUUUGUUAACAGUGGAACAGCAGCUUACGAAUGAGGUGACAUGGUGUGUCUUUAUUAUUUGAAUUGUUUGACUGUUGGUUACUGAAGCUUAUAUUUGAAUUUAUUUUGUGUUAAGAAUUUAUUUGUGAGGGUUAAUUUAUUAACAGGUGAGCAUUUUGGCUUUCACUGUGGUGAGUUGGUAACAAUCGGAAAUAAAACGAAAGCUAAGCUA